UACAGCGGUACACCCCAUACGGACUCUGGAGUGGAGUUGUCAGAUUGUCUUCACAGCUCACUGGAGCGUCGGACACUUGGUCCAAACAGAUUUUGGGACACUUCAUGCCGCCAUGCAGAAUUAUUUUAUCUGCGUCCUGCCUCUUGCCCUGCUUUUAACAAGCGCACAAGUUUCACAAGGAACCCCCUUCCGACAUGGGGGCGCGCACUCGACCUCCGAAAUGCGCCAAAGAAACAAAAACUGGUGCGCACACGUCGUGCACAAGAACGUCAGCUGUGCCGUGGUGGCCGGAUCGGAGAGUUUUGCGCAGCCGGAGUUUCUGCCUUGUCCACCGGAGAUGAUCAACUGUGCACCUCACGUCAUAUACCGGACUCACUUCAGGCCCACGUACAAGUUGGACUACAAGACGGUGACAGAGCUGCAGUGGAGGUGCUGCCCGGGCUACCAAGGCCACGACUGCAUGGAGGUGAAAAUUGGCAUCAAGCUACCAGAGCAAAACACCGAAAAUCUGCUACCGAUAUCAUCUGGACGCAUUUCACCCAAGCCUACGGAGCAGGGGGAUCGCCCAGGGAAUCAUCCGUGGCGAGGUCCCAGUGGUGAUCCUCGCCUUGAGGAUGAGGUGCAGCGGCUCUCCCAGAUGGUUCUGGACAUGCAGGCCAGGAUAACUGACAUGUCCUCCAACCUGAGGCUGGACUUCCAGGAGGACGCAAGCAAAAUGCUAGCCGUGCUACUGGAACAGACGCGACAGCCCCCCCAGCCCGCCAGUGCCAGAGGUGCCGAGACCAGGACCAUGGACUUGCUCUCAGUGGAUGAUCUUGUGAACAAGAUCAGCCUCUUGGAGAGCAGAAUUGACACCUGGAACCAUCUGGAGGAACGUGUCAACCGACAUGACGGGCAAAUUCAGCAUCUAAUAGAGGAACCACCUUCCCUCCCGUCCCAGGGUGACCUGCGGGCCUACGUGGAUGAGAACAUCCGCGCUUUGAGGAAAGAGCUGAUGGAAGGCAUGGAUAUCAAGCUGGCUGACCUGAAGAACUCGUGCGACUACAAGAUCAUGUCCAUGCACCACGAGUGCGAAGACCAGGAGGAGCAUUUCCUCAGUUUGACCGAGCGCAUAGACUCCAACGAAAACCAACUCCACCAACAAAUCCAGGAGCUGAAAAACGAGCUGAAAGAGUCGCAAACCAGACUGAUUCCGGACUGGCUUGUGGACAAAGUCGAAGGCCUAGCGAACUGUUCUGUGAUGGACAGAGUGAACUCCUUGGACUUUGGACUCUCCAAGGCAAACCUGACAAUCUUGGAGAAGAGUCAAAAGACCACUUGGGAGAAGCUUCGAGACAUUGAGAACCAUGUUUGGAGCAUGGAGAGCCUACGGGGCGAACUGAUCGCCGUCAAAGACCGCGUGGGGGUGCUGGAGGACCUCGAGUGCAGCAGGUUUCUGGCCGGAGCCCGGGCAGUCAGCGAUGUGACGCAGUUGAAGAUCGAGGGCUGCCGGAAGGUCCAGAACCCAAUCGUGGACGUAGCGAGGGAUCUUCAGAUCCGGACGGGCAUAACGGCGGACAUAGCGGGAGCUCCUCUGGCGGUGCCCCCGCAGACGUCGUCGGGACCCCGGGGGAGAAUGACGUUGUCGUCCAAGCUUCCCAAAGGGACGCACGGAAGCAUGGCUCCCGUGCUCGGCUUCGCCGGAGCGCCGGCUGCGCCGACUAAACUGGCUGAGCCGCUCCCACACGCACCUCCCCCGAUUUUGGAUGUGGUCGCACAGCACAAAGGGGAAAUCUCCUUCUCCGCCGGCCUCACGUCGCCGCCCGCUCACGGCGAGGCGGGCGUCGUCCGAUUCGACGCCGUGCUGGUCAACGAUGGAGGCCACUACGACCCCAGGACAGGUGUCUUCACGGCGCCCAUGGACGGCCGAUACCUUUUGAGCGCCGUGCUCGCCGCUCUGCCCGGAAUCAAAAUGGAGGCGGUCCUGUCGGUGGACCGGCGCAUCAUCCACAGGUUGGAGUCCACGGCGGGGACAACCCCCGAGCCGUCCCCCGGCCUCUGCGCCCCUGCCUCGCUCACCCUGGUGGUGCCCAUGAGGCGGGGCGAGCGGGCGACAGUGGCGCUGACGAGCGGGAAGCUCGCAGACGCAGACUCCGCCCACAUCCAGUCGUCCUUCAGUGGCGUCCUGCUCUACCCGUCUCAUCAGUAGCCAUGCCCGCCUCUUAUAUGCGAGCUGGAGAAAGCCAAAAGGUAAAAGAAUGACAUCCAAUAUUUUUGAUGAACGACCAAAGUGCAGUAAGUGACUCAUUAUUUGGCACCUUUCAACCAAAGUGGCAGUUUCCCAAUGAGUGAUGCAGUCCAUUUUUUGGUAGGGUUUCAAAUUAGUGAUCCAUAACCAUUUUUUUAUUGGGGUUCUUUUGGAUUGGUGAAAAUAAAGAUGUUUGCUGAACAUU